AUGACAACGUGGGGCCAAGUCUUUAUGCUGUGCGGCUCAGUGAUAGGAGGAAUCGAGGGAAAGGGAAAAGGCAAAGAUAGAGAUGAUGAAACCAAAGAAGCUGCCGCGCGGUGCCUGUGGUCACUAUUGAGAGAGCGAACCUCCCAGGACACGCCUCCAGGUCUUCAUGGAGAUCGUGCUCAGACGCGUCUCGUAGAGUUUUGCACGCACUCUCAGACAGAGCAAUUUAUUCCAAUUGUUGGACAGACCUUGAACUCUCUCCUUGGUUCAGCAUUGUCUCCCCAUCUACCGCUGCAACGCAUCUCAUUGCAGGUACUUCGUGUCUUAAUUGCCCUGUAUGCCCCAGAGUCUUUUGUACCCUCUAUCCUCCCUGGCGUUGUUAGCAUCACCACCAAAAUUGCUCUAGGCAUUUCUGGAAACAAAGGGUGGGCAAAUGGGGCUAUUGUCGCCCUUUCACUCGCAGUUAUGCAGCAAGUCAUAGUAAGGUCUAUCGGCGAUGAUGUCUGUCUAAAAGAAGGUGCGGUGCGCAGUGUUGUUGACCUUGAGGACUUCGCUCAGUUCGUGAAGCCCCCUGAAAUGGAGAUCAAGUCAGACGAACUACCCCGUUAUUUCACCGCUCGAACUUCUACUUGGCUACGGGCUUCGACUUCGCAGUUGCAUAUAGCUCUGAACACGCUGACGCCGCUUGUGACACACCCGACAAUAGCUGCCCUGCUCGGAUUGUGCGCAUUUGCAGAAACAAUCCUUGCGUCCACUUCUCUUACACUACCACAAUCCCAACCGCUUCUACUGUCGUUUCUUCUGUCGCUAUCUAACUCGCCAUUCCCCAAAGUGUCACAAACUGCACAAGAGUCAUUUUCGAAUCUACUGUCUCCCACCAACUCAAACCGGCACUCCUUGAUACAGACGUUGCUACAUAUAUCAAAAGAAAACAUCUCGGCCUUGCCUCGCCUGAUUUCCUCACAAGCUGAUGCAAAGGUAGACCAUGCUGCAGGCCAAAUUGAAGCCAUCUGUCGGUUGUCUGGAUCACUCUCAUCAACACAUAAAAACGUUGGUCUGUCCUCGGUCUCUGGAGGAAUCGACUUGCUCCUUGGUCCAACAGGAGGCAUCGAAAAAUGGGGCUGGAGCUUGCUCGCUGUUCUGGACUUUGUCAGCCCCGCCAUCGCCAUAUCUAAGGCUCCUGUCGCCCAGCUACUACUAGAAGACAACUCUGACGGCGCCAACCGUAUUUCUUUCCCCGAGGUCACGUUGAAGAACGUACAGUCACGAAGUGCCUAUGCAGCUUUAAGUCGAAUGUUCCGUGCACUUGGUAGUGCAAGCAGCGAAAGCUCUUUUUAUGCUGUGGAAUGGUUUAUCAGUACUGGUUACAAAGGGCACACUAGCAGCGCUGUUGCGGCAUUGUGGUGUGCGGCACGUCUCUUAGAGGGCAUCGGAAAUAUCUCGCUUGAUCAUGAGGGCAUUGCUGAUCCUUCGAGUCAGCCACGAAGAAAGGCACUGGAAAAGUUUGUCAGAGGUCUUGCGCGGGAUAUCGCCGAGUCGUGGGACGAUGGCCACGACGAGCAAUCUGACAACGUCCCCGAGGAACCAAAGGUUGACAACGAUCUACAUACUGAAAUCAUCAAAGGUGUCAAUCCUAUUCAUGCAACCCUACAAUUAAUAAAACCUCAUAGUUCAUCAACUCCCAAACCCACUACUCAGCCUCUUUUGCAUCAGGUUCUUUCUCUUCAUCUACUCUCCAUAUCAGCUGGUAUCUUGCAAGCACGAUUUACUCCCCUGCUAAUUCACGUCCUCUAUCCAAUCUUGCGUUCCCUGGUUUCCCCAGUAUCAUACAUAUCAUUGACUGCACUGGCCACGCUAAAUUUCAUCACGGAUUAUACGUCGUACGCAUCCCCCGCUAAUCUUCUAUUGUCACACUUCGAUUAUGCUCUGGAUGCCGUUUCGCGGAGGUUGACUCACAGAUGGCUUGAUAUUGAAGCAACCAAGGUUCUCGCCGUCUUGGUUCGUUUAGUAGGAAGCGACGUAGUUCAAAAAGCGGGAGAUGUCGUCGAGGAAUGCUUUGACCGCUUGGAUGAAUUUCAUGGCUAUGAAGUUAUUGUCGAGGGUUUGGUGGAAGUCCUUGGGGAAGUUUUGAAGGUUAUUGAAAUGGACGAAACAUUAUCACAGCCUACUCAAGGAAAACCACAGCCAGAGGGAGUCAUCCCUACCUCGUCACUCCAACCACUAUUUGAAUGGGUUGCACAUAGAAAGGAUCCUCCCGAAGUAGACGAUACGGACUACGGUCCAGCUCCUCGGGGACCAUGGGGGGAAAAUACCGUGCCAGAAGAUGAAACAAAGGAAGAGGACCAGCCAAUAAAUGCUCCAUCACAACCUGAGGCCAGCGACGAUCCUCCACCGACGCCAACACAAGCCUUAACGAAGCAAAUCGUCUCUCGAUCCAUCUAUUUCUUAACUCACGGGUCUGCUGUGAUUCGGGCUCGAAUCCUAAUGUUGUUGAGUUCAGCAACGCCCGUAUUACCAGAAUCGGCGCUGUUGCCAUCGAUUCAUCAGGCAUGGCCAUUCAUUCUGAAGCGGCUCAGCGACAAGGAGCCUUUUGUCGUCAGUGCUACUGCCACACUCAUAGAAUCGCUAGCCAGCCACGUUGGUGAUUUCAUGGGAAGGCGAAUAUGGGAUGAUGUCUGGCCUCGGUUUCAGAGUAUCCUAAAGCAACUAGACAAAGCAGACGCCCAAAAUGCACUUGCUCGCCGCGGUCGUAGUGCCGUUGGAACUGAAUCUGCAUAUACUCAUUCCCAUCGUUUAUACCGCUCUAUUUUGAAAACAAUGAUUGCGGCGGUCAAUGGCGUGCAUAUCCAAGAUAAUGCUAUUUGGCAAGUCAUUCUCGCCUUCAGGCGUUUCUUGCAUAGUCAAGUACAUGAAGAAUUACAAGGCUAUGCGACGGAACUUUAUAUAUCUAUCGGCAGAAAUAACUGGGACGCAGUUUGGCUGGCUUUAACGGCCACUUCAGGGCGCUUGGAGGGAGAAAUGGUGUUCAUGAAGGAGGAAAUUUGGGAUAUAGACCGUAACGUGGGUGUAAUUCUGUCGCGUGAGUAGUUAGGUGAGAUGAUAAAUCUGCUGGUAUAAUCAAUGAUCACGAUUUUGUUGACGGAAUAUGUCUACGAAGUUCUACACCUGCUUCCCUAAAAAGCUUGGCGGAAGCUUCAUCUCUAAAAAAGAGUCAGAACUUACGGAAUUAAUGUUGAUGGUAGAGAGUGCACGUACACUUUAUAGCUAAGAUUGUACACGACCGUCUUAACAUCGCUUUGUAUUAUUUUAAUUGUACAUCUCAAGCACGGACA